AUGUCGACAGCUGAUAAAUACAAGGAUCUACCAGUUACCGUUGAGAAACCUAUUCCGGUUACUUAUGAUUUAGGUCAUUUAGCAGUUUUUGAUUCUAAUGUUAUUGAUAGAAAUGAUUUAGAUUCAUCUAAUGCUAAGAGAGAGUCCCAUUUAUACGAUCUAACGCGUGGCAAUGUCCAACUAUUGAUUAAUCAAAUCUUAUCAUUGCCUAUUAAGACCACCACCGAAUCAGCCAGCGGUACUAGUGGUCAAUCUUCAGCCAUGACAUUAAUCCAGUUGCCUGAACCAAUAACUGAAUUGCCAAGAGAAAAGCCAUUGCCUAAACCAAAGGCCCCAACAAGAUGGGAGCAAUUUGCAGCAAGAAAAGGUAUUCAAUCCAAAGAAAAAUCUGGUAAGAUGGUAUUUGAUGAAGCCAGUGGUAAAUGGGUUCCAAAAUGGGGUUACAAAGGUAUCAAUAAGAAGUUGGAUGACCAAUGGUUAGUUGAAGUUAACGAUGACCAUAUAGGAACCGAAAAGGAAUUGAUGGACCCAAGAGCUCUUUCAAGAGCUGACAGAAAGAAAUUGGUUAGAAAAAACGAAAGACAACAAAAGAAGAACUUACAAAACUCUCGUUAA